AUGGGUGCGGAGGAGCAGGAGGAGAGUGAGAGCCAGGCGGCUUGUGCUGCAGAGAGCAGCAGAGAGAGACAAGGAAUGGAAGCUGAGCGGGGAGAGGGAGAGGAGCAUGCAGGAGAGGGGAAAGAGGUGGAAGGAGAAGAGGAAGGGAUCGGUAUUAAAGAAGGCAGUGGGGGAGUGGUUGGGCAGCAGGAGCGGGUGCAGGUGAGCGGAGGGAGCCUUGGAAGCAGUGGGAACAGUGGGAGCAGCGGGAAAAGUCGGAGAGGGAGAAAGAUGAGGAGAGGGUGGUGGGAAGGUGUGCGUGGUUCUGGUGGAAGGGCAGCGAGGGCAGGAAGCGAGGUCGUGACUUGUGCGGCACACAGCACAUUGGACAUAGGCAUGCGCAUGUCGGCGCCUCUGCCCUGCCUCUCUCCCAUUGCCGUUCCGCUCCUAGCUGGCCCCAUGUCGCUCUGGCGCAUGGGCCGGCAGCAUGCAUGGCGUGGGCACCAAAUGUGGGUGGUGGACAGUGCGUGGAUGGACGCACUCCGACAGGAGCAUGUGAGCAUGCAGCAUGCCAUGUUGGAUCAACAGCAGCGGAUCACCACACUGCAACAGGGCCAUGCAGCAGUGCAGCAGGAGCAGCAGCGGUGGGAGGCCGAGGCUCGGGAAAAGACCCAAGCCAUGCACCAGCUACAACGUGAGGUGGUGUGGAUGGAGGCAGCACUGGUGGAGCUCAUGCGCUGGUCCAGCACCUUCAACUACAACCUGCACACACCCACACACCAGUCGCCACUCCCCGUCGGUAGCGAAGGCCCCCACACACCACCAGCAUUCCCCCCACUUGUCCGCCUCCCUUUCCCCCCACACACCACCAGCAUUCCCCCCACUUGUCCGCCUCCCUUUCCCCCCACACACCACCAGCAUUCCCCCCACUUGUCCGCCUCCCUUUCCCCCCACACACCACCAGCAUUCCCCCCACUUGUCCGCCUCCCUUUCCCCCCACACACCACCAGCAUUCCCCCCACUUGUCCGCCUCCUUUCCCCCCCACACACCACCAGCAAUUUCCACUCCCUCCUCCCUGCUUCCUCCAUCCCUCCGCCCUGCUUCCCCCUCCCUCCGCCCUGCUUCCCCCCUCCCUCCGCCCUGCUUCCCCCCUCCCUCCGCCCUGCUUCCCCCCUCCCUCCGCCCUGCUUCCCCACUCCCUCCGCCCUGCUUCCCCCCUCCCUCCGACCUGCUUCCCCCCUCCCUCCGCCCUGCUUUCCCCCUCCCUCCGCCCUGCUUCCCCCCACCCUCCGCCCUGCUUCCCCCCUCCCUCCGCCCUGCUUCCCCCCUCCCUCCGACCUGCUUCCCCCCUCCCUCCGCCCUGUUUCCCCCCUCCCUCCGCCCUGCUUCCCCCCUCCCUCCGCCCUGCUUCCCCCCACCCUCCGCCCUGCUUCCCCCCUCCCUCCGCCCUGCUUCCCCCCAUCCCCUUCCCUGCUUCCCCCCAUCCCCUUCCCUGCUUCCCCCCAUCCCCUUCCCUGAUUCCCUCCCCCCUCUGCCCUGUUCCCACCUGCCCUCCCCAUCCCUGCCUUUCCCUCCCUGCCCUGCCCUUCCCUUCCCCAUCCCUUCUCAACCCUUCCCUUCAUUUUCAUGCCCUCCCCCCUUCCGCACUCUCGUUCCCAUGCAUGUGCACCCAUCACUGUCUCCCCAUACAUGCUUUCAUCAUGUGUACUUGCUUGUAUCCCCUUGCCGUUGUUCCCUUGCACCUCACACCACCUCCCCCAUGUUUCUUCACACAAUUCUUUCUGCCUACUCCACUCCCCUACUCAGCAGAGGAGCAAGCUGAGGCGCAGCUAGUCGAUGCUUGA